CACACACACACACACACACACAAUGUGGUGGCAAAGUCGUUUUCUAUUUGAAAAGAAUGCAGUGAAGCAGCCUUUGUUGACUAGCAAACAAACAAUGAGGCGAGUGGGUUGUAUUGUUCUUUUGUUAUUACUGAUUUUUUUUAUGGGCUUCAAUCGAUUUGACUAUAACAAGAUCAAUACGAUUAUCUCUUUUGGUGAUUCAUAUACAACGCGUUAUUUAGAUAUGGAUUCUCUUACUUAUGCCUGUAGAAACUGUACCUCAGCAGGCGGACCCAAUUGGGUUGUCUAUCUUACAGAUACCACAGAAUGGAUCAGUUGGAAUUUUGCUUAUAAUUCAGCACCUGUCAGUAACCAUCUCGUGAACCAGACAUCCACAGUCACAGACAUGCGUAUUCAGGUACAAGCAUUGUAUCCUCGAUUGUUUGUAUCACCCAAUGAGAGAACGGCUUCCAUCAUUCAAAAGGUGUAUGGAAACAAGAAGCGCACAGCCCAGUCUACACUUGUCACAUUCUGGGUGGGUAUCAAUGAUAUUGACUUGACUUAUGAUUGGGAAGAUACCACAGAUCUUGAUGUGCGUAUCAUGAACAGAUAUGCGUACCUUGUUGAGCAGUUGAUUCAACAAGGAGAAAGACAGUUUAUGUUUAUCAAUGUACCCCCUAUUGACCGUGCACCACUCUGGUAUCAUACUCUCCAUAAACAACGCAUUCACAAGCGUGUAUUAGAAUUCAAUCAUAAGCUGACAAGGAUGAUCCACAGCUUAAGAAAGACACAUCCUCAUAUGUCAUGGAUAGAAUAUGAUGCUUGGGGACUCUUUCAUACCCUUUUAGACAAUCCAGAUAAAUACAAUAUCACAAAUAUUGAUUCUUUUUGUCCAGACUGGGAACAUCCAAUCGAAAGGGAAUGCAAGCCUAUUGAAGAGUAUUUUUGGUUGAAUGAUUUACAUCCUACUUUUCAUGUACACCGUAUGUUGGCAGAGGAUAUUCAAAAAAUAAUAAAUAAAUAAAUAAAUUUUUUUUUCGCUCUCUCUCUCUC